UGACAUUCUUGAACGGAGCCGAGGCGCCAUCACAGGGCGUUGGAUGUAAAAACACAGACCAGGAGGAUGGAACUGUAAAACCAAAGACACAGAGGUUUGGUGAGUCUGUGUGUUAAAGGAUAAUUCACAUAUCAGAGAAAAUGGCUGAGAAGAAGAUUGAACUAUUUGAAAGUUUCCUGAGUUGUCAUGUGUGUUCAGAGACGUUCAAAGACCCUGUGUCUCUGAGCUGUAACCACAGCUUCUGUUCAAACUGCCUGAGGGAAUUCUGGGACAAAACUGAGAACAGAAACUGUCCCAUUUGUAAAAGAAAAUCUUCGAAAGAUCAUCGACUUGUGAACUUCAGUCUGAAAGAACUGGCUGAUUCAUUUGCUGGGAGACUGAACGUUGGAUCAUCUGAGACAGAAAAAGGAGAAAAGAAGGUGGAGGUGGUCUGCAGCAAACAUCAAGAAGAACCUAAACUGUUCUGUAAAGAUGAAAACAGAGCUGUGUGUUCUAUCUGUGAUUUUCCUCAUCAUCGUAAACACACUGUGGUUCCUGUAGAAGAAGCAGUUACUGAAAUGAAGGAUGAGCUGAAAUCUGACUUAAAGUCUCUAAAGAACAAGAAGAAGAAAUACAAGCAAACACAGAAAACAUACGAUGCAAUAAUCCAACACUUAAAGAAACAGGUUUUGUUCACAGAGAAUCAGAUCACAGCAGAGUUCAACAAACUCCAGCAGUUCCUGAAAGAGGAAGAGGAGUCCAGACUGGCAGCUCUGAGGGAGGAAGAGGAGCAGAAGAGGAGGAGUGUGAUCAGAGAGAUGAAGAGGAUUGAGGAGCAGAUGUCCUCUGUGUCAGACAGUAUCUGUGCUGUUGAAGAAGAGCUGCAGAAAGCCAGCGCUCCAUUCCUCAUCAGUUGUAAAGACACUCAGAGCAGAGCCAGAGCCCAGUGCUCAGUGUCAGAGCCACAGCUGAUCUCAGGAGCACUGAUCCAUGUGGACAAACACCUGGGCAACCUGUCCUUCAGAGUCUGGGACAAGAUGAGGGACAAGGUCCACUUCAGCCCCGUCAUCCUGGACCCAAACACUGCAGAGGGAUGGCUUCAUCUGUCUGAUGAUCUGACCAGUGUGAGAAAUGGAGACACUUAUCAGCAUCUUCCUGAUAAUCCAGAAAGAAACACUGAAUAUACCAAUGUUCAUGGAUCUGAGGGCUUCAACUCAGGGAAACACAGCUGGGACGUGGAGGUGGGAGACCAUCCUGCAUGGAACAUUGGUUUGGCUAAAGAGUCAGCUGACAGAAAGGGAGAGACAAGUGCUUCACCAGAAAAUGGAUUCUGGUGUUUAAAGCAUGGCAGUGGAAAAUACACUAAUGGUGUUGGUCGGACUGUGACAGUGCAGACGAGUCCACAGAGGAUCAGAGUUGAACUGGACUAUGACAGGGGGGAGGUGUCCUUCUACAACGCUGAAGACAAGACUCACAUCUACACCUACACACACACUUUCACUGAGAAACUCUACCCUUUCUUUGGUAUUGGAAAGGCUGGUGAUGCUAAAACCACUAAUAUUAAAAUGUGUCAGAGGAAGAUUUCUCUGUUGUUUACGUAGAAAUGAAAAUGUGAACGAUAGAUUGUGAACAAACAGUGAACACUGAGGUGAUUUAUAAUAUGUUAAUUAUAUGAAAAAUAUUAUGUUUUUAUUGAUCAGAUGAAAUGAAAGUCACUUUGUCUUAUUACCUCCUGUUUGUUUUCAUCAGGGUUUGUUUGUCUGUUAACAAGAUAAGUCAAAGUUAUGGAAGGAUUUUGAUGAAAUUUUUAGGAAAUGUUGAUACUGGCACAAGGAACAAAUGAUAACAUUUUGGUGGUGAAUGGGGUGAAAUGAUCUGCCUUGUUGGAAGUCUGCGCUCUUCGAGUGCUUUUCUAGUUUUAUUCAUGUUAUUCAUAUUUUAACCUGCAGGUUUUUUCAGUCAGAUUCAACUAUAGAAUAAUUAUUAAUGUGAAACUGAUGGUUUAGUUUGAAUCAAUAUUAAAUAAUUGAACCUCCAUAUUGUCCUGAUUCUUAACCCACUGACUAGAACACAUAUCCUGGGACAGAUAUUUUCCUUUUGUUCAUAUGUGAGUGUUUUCAUCUACAGCCGUUUGUUUCUGUCGCCACGUUUUUCUCAUAAAAUGAUGUGAUGAUGUGAACAGACGUUAAAGGACAGGUGUAUUGAAGUAAAUGUAGGUGAAUUCAUGGUUCUGGUUGUAAUAUGGGUUCAGAUACUGAUUCUUCUGCUCUUUGGACCAGACUUAUCACUCUGUUCUUCUUCCUUUAAUAGAAAUAAUGUUCUGCUGGAUUUAUCUGCACUAAUCUAAAACAAACAAACAAACAAUAUACCCGUUAUUUGUAUACAUUAAACUAUUUUGAGAAUUUGAUAAGUCUGAGAAGUUAAAAGAAAAAAACAAAAACAGCAGUUAUUUUAGUUGAGAAGAUGUAAAAUAUAAAAUUAUUUGUGCUAUUUACAUUCUUUUUUGUAUCUUUAGGGUUUUUAGUCCCAUGUGCACAUUUUGCUGUGUUUGAAUGUUUGUUUGUUUUUUUUUGUUUUUUUUUUGUCUUUUUUAAAUUGAAACUAAAAUAACUCAGUAUCUUCCUGUUUCCUUCCAAUUCUAUGACAGUAAAAUAAAUUCUCUUGCUUCAUGAAUGAAACCAUACAUUUGAUUCCAGCAUUUUAAGCUUUGGAAAGUAUUUUUCCGAAGAUUGACAGACCAAAAAAUAAAUAAAUACAAUAAUAAUAAUAAUAAUAAUAGUAAUUAAUGUAUGUAUACAAGUACAAAACAGUUUGAUUAUGCAACAGUGUCUUACUAAAAGAUGCAUAAUCAAUCAAUCAAUCAAUCAAUCAAUAGAACAUAUUUGAAACUCUUAUGAAUUUAAAGGAGUUAAAUAUGAAAGUGAAUGUAUCUUACCAGAUUCUGUUAUUUGCAGCUCUUAAUUUUUGUGCACUAAAAUUAUGCAUCUGGAUUUUUUUCUGUCCAUCUUUAAUUCAGCUCCUUAAUCUAAAAAACAAACAAAUAAACAAUACAUCAGCUACUUGUAUGCAUUAAACUAUUUUGAUAAUUCGAUAAGUUUGAGAAGUUUAAAAAAACUGAAAAACAGCAGUUAUUUUAGUUGAAAAAAUGUAAAAUUAUUUAUACUAUUUACAUUCUUUUUUAUAUCUUUUAGGGUUUUAAGUCCCAUGUGCACAUUUUACUGUGUUUGAAUCUAUUUAUUUGUUUAUUUAUUGUCUUUUUUCUUUCUUUUUUUAAAAAUUGAAACAAAAAUAACUCACUAUCUUCUUGUUUCUUUCCACUUGUAUGACAGUAAAAUAAAUGUAUUUGGUUCAUGAAUGAAACAAUACAUUUGAUUCCAGCAUUUUAAGCUUUGGAAAGCAAUUUUCCAGAGACUGAUAGACCAAAAAAAUUAAUUAAAUAAAUAAAUAAAACAUAAUAAUAAUAAUAAUAAUAAUAAUAAUAAUAAUAAUUAUUAUUAUUAUUAUUAUUAUUAUUAUUAUUAUUAUUAUUAUUAUUAUUAUUAUUAAUGUAUGUAUACAAGUGCAAAACAGCUUGAUUAUGCAACUGUGUCUUACUAAAAGAUACAUAAUAAAUAAAUAAAUAGAACAUACUAGAAACUCUUCUGUAUUUAAAAGAAUUAAACAUGAAAGUGAAUGUAUCUUACCAGAUUUUGAUAUUUGCAGCUCUCAGUUUUUGUGCAGUAAAAUUAUGCAUCUGGAUUUUUUUCUGUCCGUCUCUAAUUCAGCUCCUUAAUCUAAAAAAACAAACAAACAGUACAUCAGCUACUUGUAUGCAUGAAAAAUUUUGAUCAUUCGAUAAGUUUGAGAAUUUUUAGUUUUAAAAAGCAGCUCUUAUUUUAGUGGAUAAAUUGUAAAAUGUAA